AUGAAGAGAGGAAUAUUGGAAGUACUUCUCGUUGAUGCUCAUGGAAUCACACACACAAAUUCUAUUGGAACUCCUGUGUAUUAUGUCUUGUUACAAUGUGGGACAAAGGAAUACCGAAGCAAAAUGUCAAAAGGUGAUAAUGACAACGCAUUGUGGAACCAGAAGUUUGUGUUCGAUUUCCCAAUGUCUCAAUGGAAGAAGCUGCGUCACAUGAAAGUUAGAAUCAUGGACAAAGAGCUCUUCAACGAUGGUGGAUUUGUCGGUGAAACCAUAAUUCAUCUUGGAGGGAUAAUAAGCGAAGGACGUGACAGAGGAUACAUGGAAGUUAAGCCAGCUCCAUACAAUGUUGUCCUUGACGAUGAUACUUUUAAAGGCCAAUUAAAACUCGGAUUAAGAUUCAUCGCAACUGAUAAUAAAUUGCAGAGGAAGGUAUGGGAACUGAAGAUAGAGGGCAAAAACAGUGACGAAGCAAUGGUUUCUCCAACUCUGAAUCUGAUGAAACUCCCUUUGUUAAGGUUUCUUCUCUAUUGCUUCCAGAAAACAACAAAAUAUCAACUAAAGGAGAACUAA